GUUGUACACACGUCACUGUUUAGGCGCCAAGCGCGAGCGCAGCGACAUUAGCUGUGUAGCCUCUGUGACUUGCACUUGUCUGAAAGAAAGGAGGCGAUAUGUCUGUCAGAAGACACAAGAAGAAGAAGGUUGAAGACAACAGCCAUGGGGAGAAAAGUCAACUAAGAAGAAUACAAGAGCAGAAGCGAGGCUACACCUCGGCUCAGGUGGGGAGGAUAGUCGAAGACCAUGCUGAUCUCCCCUACAAGAAACGACGCACCAAUUUUCAGGGUGAGGGCUCUACGAAUGUUGAGGUUGGGGUCCAUUCAAUGCUGGAGAGAUUCGGUGCUGACAUACGUAUGGUCAUGCGGACCAAGAGGAGGCAUUUGGAGGGCCGUACAAAGAGCUACAUAAAGGGCAGCCAGCAGAAUCUGGAGCAGCUGUGGAACCGCUACCAUGGCCAGAGGAAGAGGAUGACACGGAAGUAUUCUGAACAGGUGUCUUCGGCGCUUCAGCAGUGGGAGACAGGAGCUCAACGCGCGGUAGAACAAGCGGAUACAAUGAACGACCUGCUCAAGCAACAGCAGACGAUCCUCCACCAAGCCAGGCUGCACCAGAACCAGAAGCUGGACGCUGUCCGAGAACUGUUCGAGCAGUUCGUCAAGAACAUGGAAGACUUGGAAACAAGUCACGAGCGUUUCCUGCAAAAUGCAAACCAGGAACUCAGGAAGGAGAUGGGAACUCUGCAGAAGAAGAUCCUGGUGGACACUCAGCGGCGGGAUUUGGCGACUGUGCGCAUGUCCCUGCGAGCCAUGCUGCUCUAGAAGUCAAAGGAGGAUUUCACAGUUGCCUCACGGUUGACCAGGCGAAGCACGUUGGUUACCCCGGUUACAUAUUUCAUCCCGUUAUUAGAAAAAAGACAUCUGAGUACCAUUAUUGUGUUGCUUGCAAAAAUAAAGUGA